UCUCUCUCCUGCAGCAAAGUCUGAUGUCUACCAUCGUCAACCUGGCCCAGAACUUCAUCGGCAGCAACAACAUCAACCUCCUCCAGCCCCGAGGACAGUUUGGGACUCGUCUUCACGGCGGCAAGGAUGCUGCUAGCCCCAGGUAUAUAUUCACCAUGUUGAGUCCCCUGGCUCGACUCCUGUUCCCAGUCACUGAUGAUCCACAACUCAACACCCUCAAAGAAGACAACCUCAAGAUAGAGCCAGAGUGGUACUGCCCCAUCAUACCCAUGGUCCUGUGCAAUGGCUGCGAUGGCAUCGGUACCGGUUACUCCACCUUUGUACCCAACUACAACCCUCGGGAAAUCGUAGAUAACCUUCGCAGACUCAUGAAUGGACUGGAGCCAAUGGAAAUGCAACCGUGGUACAAGAACUUCGCCGGGACCAUUGCCCACGUUGAACCCCAGAGGUACGUAGCCUACGGCAGUGUUGGUCGCCUCAGCCCCACCUCUGUGGAGAUCACGGAGCUGCCCAUCCGAACGUGGAUCCAGACCUACAAGGAGAAUGUUCUAGAACCAAUGCUCCACGGGACAGAGAAGACCCCGUCCUUCAUCACUGACUACAAGGAGUACCACACUGACACUACCGUCAGGUUCGUGGUCUACAUGACGGCAGAUAAGGUGGCCGAGUGCGAGCGCAUCGGCUUCCACAAGAAGUUCAAGUUGGAGACCUACCUCAACACCUCCAACCUGGUA